UUUUUUUAAACGGAUGUUGUCUCCUUCUAGUUUCCGGCGUAACAAUAAAUUCUGUCCCCAAAAUGGCGAACGUAUCUGCUGCCAACGCUGCUGCUGUAGCCGCAGCUGCCGCCGCAAAUAGAGAUCCGGCCGUUGACCGGUCACUGCGAUCAGUGUUCGUUGGAAAUAUUCCGUAUGAAGCCACAGAAGAACAGUUGAAAGACAUAUUCUCUGAAGUUGGACUUGUUGUCAGCUUCAGGUUAGUGUAUGACAGGGAGACAGGAAAGCCAAAAGGAUAUGGCUUCUGUGAAUAUCAAGACCAGGAGACGGCCCUCAGUGCCAUGCGAAACCUUAAUGGGAGAGAGUUCAGUGGUCGGGCUCUCCGUGUUGACAACGCAGCCAGUGAGAAGAACAAGGAAGAGCUCAAAAGUUUGGGAACCGGUGCCCCCAUUAUUGAGUCUCCUUAUGGAGACAGCGUACAGCCAGAGGAGGCCCCAGAGUCCAUCAGCAGAGCGGUGGCCAGUCUGCCACCUGAGCAGAUGUUUGAACUCAUGAAACAGAUGAAGCUGUGUGUGCAAAACAGUCCGCAGGAGGCGAGGAACAUGCUGCUGCAGAACCCUCAGCUGGCCUACGCUCUGCUGCAGGCCCAAGUGGUCAUGCGGAUUGUUGAUCCUGAGAUAGCCUUGAAAAUGCUCCAUCGUCAGACUACAGUCCAGCCUCUGAUUUCCAGCGGACAGGGUGGAGGAGCACCAACGGUCACUUCUCCACCUACGCAGCCUACCGUGCCCGUGUCUCAGCCAGUGUCUCAACCUGUGCCUGGAAUGCAUGUCAAUGGAGCACCCCAGAUGAUGCAGCCCCCUAAUAUGGGUGUUGUUCCUGGACCCAUGCCAGUACCAGGACCUGGGCCUGGACCGGGACCAGUUGGACCUCCAGGAAACCUUCAGCAUUCUCCCACAGGAUCGUCUGGUCAAGCUGCUAUCGAGCGGCCUCAAGGACCAGGCGGUAUCCCCCCAAGAGGCCUGUUGGGAGAUGGUCCCAAUGACCCCAGAGGAGGAACUCUGCUGUCUGUCACUGGAGAGGUCAUAGACCCCAACCGAGGCUACAUGGGAGCUCCACCACCCCACCAAGCUCCACCUGUACACAUGCCACCAAUGGCAGGUGGACCCCCUCCAGAUAUGAGAGGGCCUCCUAUGGACAUAAGAGGCCCACCCAUGGGCGAACCACGGAACAUGAUGGUUGACCCCAGAGCGGCCCCCAUGAUGGAGCCACGGGGACCCCCUAUGGAAGCCAGAGGCCGUGACCCAAGGGCAAUGGACGCUCGUGUUCCAGUUUCGGGUCAGAGGGUUCCCAUAGCACCAGGAAUGCAAGGUCCUGUUCCUCAUGCGAUGGGCCCAAAUGCUCCUCCACCUGCAAGACCGGGUCCUGGUAUUUCUGGUGUUCCCCCAUCAGGAGGAGGCUUCAGUCCAGGUCAGAGUCAGGUCUCCACACAGGAUCAAGAGAAGGCUGCCCUCAUCAUGCAGGUGCUGCAGCUGACCCCAGAACAGAUCGCCAUGCUGCCGCCAGAGCAGCGACAGAGCAUCCUGAUCCUCAAAGAACAGAUUCAGAAGACCGCGAGCGGGGCACCUUGAUGACCUGACUGAUAAAGAGUUGCGGUCUGCCCCACUCG